AUGACUACUCUCAACCCCUCGCACAACCCCUUCCGCACCCCCACAGACAAACACGCUCAGGCAGUGCACGAACCCUCUUCAUCCUCCGGAAAGCACGCAAAAGCGUCAUUCCCGGAUGACCUCCCGGCGCAGUCCGAUGCAGAAUCGGACGACUCGGAUCUCGGUGUAGAUGUCUCGAGGGCAGAGAAAAGGGGCAGGAAGGCGGGCAGGCAGAGGAUACAGAGGGGGAUGGUCCCAGUGCCGGAUCUGCGGUUUGAGCAGGUGAGCUUUGGUGGAUACCCUGGAGAACGCUGGGAACGAGGACAGGUGGAGGAGAAUGAAGCGUCGGGGUCUCUGGUUACCAGUACCGAGUCUGACGAGGUGUUCCACUGGGGGCGGGAGGUGGACGUGGACUGGCGGAAUGCGGCCUGGGUGACGAUCCGGGAUCAGAUCCUUUCCCCUCUCGGUCAGGGAGCCCUUUGGGGUGUCUUCGGUAUCUUCCUCGCCUACUCCUCUUCAGCAGUCCGCGCUGCUCUCUACCCCCCAUCACACAUCCGCAAAGGACGAGUAACGGGCGGUCGGGGCGGGUCUAUCAGCCAGUCGGGCGGAGGCUCGGCUGUAGGAUCGACGGAAAAGGGAGGGUGGUGGAGGAAGUUUGUGGGGAGUUGGGCGGGAGCUGUGGAGACUGCUGCUGCAUAG